GUCAGUCCCCGCGCUUUUCGGAGGCUGCCAGCGUCCCAGACCAGCCGCAGGUGAAAACCGGCAGAAAGACAUUAAGAGAUUUUCCUGCAGUCACUGCUGGCAGAUGAUAGAGCCAGGAUUUGAAAGCAGGCAGCCUGGUUCCAGACCCUGUGCUCUUAACUCCCGUUUUGCAUCAAGAAUAGAAUCCUAUGAAAGGCUUGUACAGUGCUUGGUACUGAGUAGGCACUCCGUCAGUAUUUUAGUAGCUAUUAUUCCAAAGGACACUGUAUUCUAGGUAGUAAGACAAUGUGAAUGGAAUGGAACACAAUUCCUCCCUGCAGAAGCCAACUGUCUAGGAAGACAGAUAAUGACAUUAUUAAAAUAAUCAGAACAUUGGCAAAAUAAAGAAGAUUGAAAUGCAGUUCAUAUGACAGUGCUAAUUAAUCAUACUUUUUAGAUCUAGGAAAGGCCAUGAAGGUUAAAUUGACUUGGAAAUGGUAAACAAGACAAUGGUUGUGUCACUGAUCGGUGAUGGCCAGUUUUUGGUUAUCCAUAUUUGCCAUUUAAAUGAUUGAAUUGAAAGGAAGAAGUAAGACUUGGAAGAUGAAUAUUGAAGGAAAGGUGAAGAUGGAAAAGAGAAGGGGGUUUAUUCUGAGAACAGUGACUAGAACUCUGAGGAUAGCAGCAUCAAGGAGCAUUGUGUACAUGCAGAAGUGCACAGUACCUGGAGUGAAACUGCUUGUGUUCGAUUUCUGAUACCAUUCAUAACUGGCUGUGUGAUCUCAAAACCUCUAAAAUGCAGACCUCCAGCUCUAGAUCUGUGCACCUGAGUGAAUGGCAGAAGAAUUACUUCGCAAUUACAUCUGGCAUAUGUACCGGACGGAAGGCAGAUGCAUACCGUGCACAGAUAUUACGCAUUCAGUAUGCAUGGGCAAACUCUGAGAUUUCCCAGGUCUGUGCUACCAAACUGUUCAAAAAAUAUGCAGAGAAAUAUUCUGCAAUUAUUGAUUCUGACAAUGUUGAAUCUGGGUUGAAUAAUUAUGCAGAAAACAUUUUAACUUUGGCAGGAUCUCAACAAACAGAUAGUGACAAGUGGCAGUCUGGAUUGUCAAUAAAUAAUGUUUUCAAAAUGAGUAGUGUACAGAAGAUGAUGCAAGCUGGCAAAAAAUUCAAAGAUUCUCUGUUGGAACCUGCUCUUGCAUCAGUGGUAAUCCAUAAGGAGGCCACUGUCUUUGAUCUUCCUAAAUUUAGUGUUUGUGGUAGUUCUCAAGAGAGUGACUCAUUACCUAACUCAGCUCAUGAUCGAGACCAGACCCAAGACUUCCCAGAGAGCAAUCCUUUGACACUCCUUCGGAAUGCCCAGCCACCUAUGGUGACUAACACUGCUAGGACUUGUCCUACAUUCUCAGCACCUGUAGGUGAGUCAGCUACUGCAAAAUUCCAUGUCACACCGUUGUUUGGAAAUGUCAAAAAGGAAAAUCACAGCUCUCCAAAAGAAAACAUAGGACUUAAUGUGUUCUUAUCUAACCAGUCUUGUUUUCCUGCUGCCUGUGAAAAUCCACAGAGGAAGUCUUUUUAUGGUUCUGGCACCAUUGAUGCACUUUCCAAUCCAAUACUGAAUAAGGCUUGUAGUAAAACAGAAGAUAAUGGCCCAAAGGAGGAUAGCAGCCUGCCUACAUUUAAAACUGCAAAAGAACAAUUAUGGAUAGAUCAGCAAAAAAAGUGCCACCAACCUCAGCGUGCAUCAGGGUCUUCAUAUGGUGGUGUAAAAAAGUCUCUAGGAGCUAGUAGAUCCCGAGGGAUACUUGGAAAGUUUGUUCCUCCUAUACCCAAGCAAGAUGGGGGAGAGCAGAAUGGAGGAAUGCAAUGUAAGCCUUACGGGGCAGGACCUACAGAACCAGCACAUCCAGUUGAUGAGCGUCUGAAGAACUUGGAGCCAAAGAUGAUUGAACUUAUUAUGAAUGAGAUUAUGGAUCAUGGACCUCCAGUAAAUUGGGAAGAUAUUGCAGGAGUAGAAUUUGCUAAAGCCACCAUAAAGGAAAUAGUUGUGUGGCCCAUGUUGAGGCCAGACAUCUUUACUGGUUUAAGGGGACCCCCUAAAGGAAUUUUGCUCUUUGGUCCUCCUGGGACUGGUAAAACUCUAAUUGGCAAGUGCAUUGCUAGUCAGUCUGGGGCAACAUUCUUUAGCAUCUCUGCUUCAUCCUUAACUUCUAAAUGGGUAGGUGAGGGGGAGAAAAUGGUCCGUGCAUUGUUUGCUGUUGCAAGGUGUCAGCAACCAGCUGUGAUAUUUAUUGACGAAAUUGAUUCCUUGUUAUCUCAACGGGGAGAUGGUGAGCAUGAAUCUUCUAGAAGGAUAAAAACAGAAUUUUUAGUUCAAUUAGAUGGAGCAACAACAUCUUCUGAAGAUCGUAUCCUAGUGGUGGGAGCAACAAAUCGGCCACAAGAAAUUGAUGAGGCUGCCCGGAGAAGAUUGGUGAAAAGGCUUUAUAUUCCCCUCCCAGAAGCUUCAGCCAGGAAACAGAUAGUAAUUAAUCUAAUGUCCAAAGAGCAGUGUUGCCUCAGUGAAGAAGAAAUUGAACAGAUUGUACAGCAGUCUGAUGCGUUUUCAGGAGCAGACAUGACACAGCUUUGCAGGGAGGCUUCUCUUGGUCCUAUUCGCAGUUUACAAACUGCUGACAUUGCUACCAUAACACCGGAUCAAGUUCGACCCAUAGCUUAUAUUGAUUUUGAAAAUGCUUUUAGAACUGUGCGACCUAGUGUUUCUCCAAAAGAUUUAGAGCUUUAUGAAAACUGGAACAAAACUUUUGGUUGUGGAAAGUAAGUGGGAUACUUGGAAUCAAGGCAUCUCUGUAGUACAGUCUUCUUUAUUUUUUAGCAUAGAAAGUUGGGGAUGUGUUAAUUGUGUUUUUAAGAAUAUAUUCUAAAUUCUGUACUUCAAAUAAUAGCACAGAUUUUACAUCUGAUUGACAUAGUGUAUGUUAAUGUAAGUUUUGCUUUCCAGUGAUUACCUGAUAUGUAAGCCUAUUUGAACAAAGUGAGAAUGAACUUUUGUUUCUAAGAAGUCUUUAUCUUGAAGCUAUGUAACAUGAAAAGUGAGCUCAAAUUUUUUUUAGUUGAAGAUUACAUAUAAAGUUGUGUCUGAAUAAUAUUCAUCUUUUAUUGAAGAAAGUGCCUUCUGAUGGCCACAUAAUUCUUAAUGUCAGCUAGUAUAAUGGUUUACAUUUGGACAAAGUAUUGCUUAGUGUUAUUUAAGUAGAUUUAAGAUCUCAAAGCUAAAGUGCCAAUUUUUACUUUCUUCAGCCAAUUUGUUACCUCUUUUAUGGUUUUUAAUUUUUAUCAGGACUAACAUUUUCAGAAAUAGCAAGGUGUGAUCUAGUAUUAGAUUCACAGAACUGAAAGGUUAAUUAAGAAUGUUGGUUAUUUUCACGGGAGCGUGUGAUAUUUAACAUUAAUAUUUUAUUUGACACUACUGCCUGUAAUACUGCUCUCUUUCAAAAAUAAGUUUUCAGAUUUUUAUAACAGACCCAUUUUGUUUUAUGAAACAUGUUCAUUACAGAAACAUGAGAAAAUAGAGAUAAGUAAAAAGAAUAAAAGUCACUAUUAUUCUACCACUUUGCGGGACACACUAUUAAUAUUUAAGCAUAGAUUCUUCCAGAUGUUUUGUUUUAUACAGCAGUAGGAUUGUAUAAUGUAUUCUCUCUUGUAGCCUAUUCUUCAAAGCGUGUCUUCACUUUCCAUGUUAACAUAAAUGCCCUUUUAUGAUUGUCUAGGAUUCCAUGGAUGGAUGGACUAUAAUUGAGUCAUCUGGUAGAGCGCAUAUAGGACAGGACGCUAGGUUGUUUAUCUUUUGUUUAUUGUAAAGGAACUAUGUGGGAUGCAUUUGGUUAUCUUUUUAAAAAAUGUAUAAAUUUCUUGAGUAAUUCUUGGAUUAAAGAAUAUGCACUUUUUAAA